UUAGGCCAAGCUCGUGUUUUUGGGUCAAACUCCAACGCUGCGUUUUACUCUCAGCACGCAUUUCUCUGUUUUAGCCUGGAACUGUACUGCUUAGCAUUGCACAUAGACUGUUUGAUAAAAUCACCCAGCGAAUCGAGUUUGAGCUGAGUAGACUCCGCACCUGAAAACUCGAAACAAUGCAACGGUUAGCAUCAAGAAUCACCGUAACCGCGAAAGUUUCCUCGUCACUAAGAACUAUCAUCCUGAAAGAAACACCAUCUUCUUCUUCUUCUUGGCUUUCAAUUCGCUGCUUCUCUGCGUUCUCUUCGCAGCAACGUGUCAAAAACCCCGAAACAGAAGCAAUCCCAGGAGAUCUAUUGAAAUGGGGUUCACUCGGUUUUUUCAGGACUUCGAGAUUUGCAUCUGGGUUCAAGCCUUUAGAACCCAAGCCAUUGGAUUCCAUCAUGGAUUUGAACCGAGCAAAAAACCGUUCACCUGAGGACCUUGCUUCUAUUUGGGAUGAUUAUCACUUGGGAAGAGGUCAUAUUGGGUUGACCAUGAAGGCAAAACUUUACCGUUUAUUGGAACAAAGAGGCUCAGAUUGCCGGUAUUUUGUCAUUCCUUUGUGGAGAGGAAGUGGUUAUACAACAAUGUUUGCUCAAGUGCAAUUGCCAUACAUGCUUUUCACUGGUCUUGAAGAUUAUAAAGCAAGAGGAACUCAAGCAUCUCCUUACUUCACUGCAUCCUUUUACACAGAAUUUGCAGAAAGCAAGGACUUGGUACUUAUUCGAGGAGAUAUUGUUUUCACCAGCAAGCUUACUGAUGAGGAAGCAAAGUGGCUCUUGGAAACCACUCAAUCUUUUUAUCUUAAUGAUGUGAGAUACAAGCUGGUUGAAUGUUUCAAUAAAGAACCACGUGAUUUUGAGUUUAAGGAUGUCUUACAAGCUUUAGACAUGCCCAUUCUGUAACUUAUUAAAAUGAUAUUUUUUUCUGAAUUGCAAUGCUUCAUUUUGAAGAAGUGUGAAGCAAUCAUUUUUCUAAACACUACUUGUUCCAUUUUCAAUAAAUUAUUUAAAUCUCUCCAGAAGAGAGGAUGGUGUUUAGAUUA